GGCUAGGUCCGAUCGUAGUCUGCAGGAGCGUUUUAUUUAUAAAUUUCGCUUUUUUUAGUAGAUAUUCACAGGGCUAGGUGGUGUGCUGGAUUUUAUCCCUGUUAAAGCAGUGGCAGCACCAAACCGGAUCCCUUGUGGAGUAGUUACGGCCGGAGGGGGCUGAUACAUUUCUCGGCCAAUGCAUGAGUACAGACUGAGGAGAGUAUAUCUACCUGUACCUGCGACCAGCUACUUACUUAGCAGCUGCAGUGGACUGCAUCAGUCGAUGCCUGCACGCGAACCUGGCUGCAGCGCAUGUGGAUUUGAUAGCAUCCCUUGGUCGUUGUCAUCCCGGAAAUUUUAUCUCACCUCCUUCCACCCGUUAUCAUCCUCGUUUUAUGUAUCUUCUCCAUCAUCCUCCCUCUAAGGAAUCACGCGCCUGUGUUAAGUAAUUUGGAGAUUGCGCACGGUUGCUGCGUCGUCGUACCGUGGUUCUGCAGUCACUGCAUCAGUGCAUCCAUCUCUAUUUUCCUUUCGGCGGGGCCCUCGACGCAUUGUAAACCGGUUAUCCAGCGAAAUUCAGACAAUUUUUUCCUGCUCCCGCUGAUUAACUCCUGUCUGAAUGUGAUCUGCUGCUGGUCGGGCAUUACAGCAUACCGUUCAGAAAGCCUACCUUUAUCGUCACCGGAAAACCUACCGUGUGUGCACCGAACUGACACUAAUAUGGCUCUGGAAUGCCGUAGGGAGGUUGCGUUCACUAUUACUGCCAAGGGAAAGCCAUUGUUCGGUUUCUUGGGGGUUUUGCAGUUACCCAUAUCGGGUGACGUUAUCCGUGACUUUGAGUUUGGCGACAAUCCUCAGGACGUUCAGGCCGAUUACCAUGUUCCGGCACAGAUAGGAGUCUUGACGGAGAGCCAGGAAACCCUCGUAGUGGCGACAGUUCUGGGCCGAACCUGGCAGGCCAUAAAUGGAAUGAUUAAAAAAUACCUUAACAGUCGAUUGUUUGGACAAGGACUUGUGAAAGAUUGUAAGUUUUACGGGUCGGACAUCCCGCCCACGCCUCGCGGUAUAUCUGUGGCUAACAUUCUGGUUCCACGCGGAACGACGGAAGCUCAAGCCGUCGCUGCCAGUAACGUCGCAAAUCCUACGUCUUUGUUCCCUAUGCCACCGUGCAGCCUGACCUUGACAUCGUACAGGCCUCAGUAUUUUUUAAUGUGAACGCGCACGGUGGUGGAUCUGGGGAUACGGAUGGGAAGCCCGGCUCUGAUUUGAAAGAGCGGGCUAGCCGCACGCCCCUCGAGGAUCAACCGGUCUGGAUGAAAGACAACCGGGAGCGGUCGUUGAAAAUGUCGGGUCGGGAGAAGCUGGAGAAGGAGGUGGAUAUUCUGGAGGAGUUUUGGCGCUGGAAGCCGGAAGGAACCAAAGAUGAAUUUCUGGACUGGAAGACGGCCGUGGAUAAUUUUGUCGUGACCCGGAGGAUUGACUUUUCGGAUCGGCAGGAGUACGCUGCGUACUGGGACAGUCUGGUUGUGGAACUCUCUCGUCAAGAGAAAGGCACUGUGGAAUCCUUGCCGCCGAUGCGCAACCUGGAAAUCAAAUGGAUGAGCGCCUACGAUAUUGAAGUAAAAGUCCCGCAGGGUAUCUUCACGGAAUUCCUGGAGAUCGGGCGUCCCAUGGAAGUUUCCUGGAUGAUCCUGAAGGACGGCGAAGAGUACUCCAUGUGGCAGCGCGAUGCGACGAUUUCCGCCCUCCGCCAGCUAGACACCGAGCAUGUCGUCGUGGUGCACUGCCUGUCGGCCGUCAACCCGGGUCAUCAUCGUGUCAGCCGCGAACUACGCUUCCGCAUGGUGUAUAACGAUGUGAAUUAUUGGCGGAUGAACCAGGCGCUGUAUAAACUGGAACACGAUCCCAGCUGCGUCUUCCAACAGAGCGCCGGUCUGAUGAGUUUGGAAAAAGUUGCUUUUCCUUACGUGUUCGUCGACGAAGCCGCUCAAGGAAUGGAGCCGGAAUGCUUGAUUGCAAUCACCCGGGCAUGCGAAAAGUUGGUGUUGAUCGGCGUUCCGGCUCAGCUGGGCGCCGUUGUUCGCUUUCCCAAUCUGCAGAAAUCCCAUUUAACCACCUCGCUGUUCCAGCGCCUGUGGAAGGUGUGUCCGUGGAUGAUUCUGGUGCAGCAGUAUCGCAUGCACCCGGCUAUCUCCAAAAUGGUCUCGCAGAUCACCUACGAAGACCAACUGGUCAAUGACGAAUGCGUUCUGACACGAACGUCCGCGUCGGUGCUGUUGAACGACAUGUUCGGUAUGUUCGUGCCGCCACCCUAUAUUGUCCGCCACCAUGAACUGCUCUUCGGAUCGGACGGGUUGAUCUAUACACACGAGGGUAUCAUUCCGAUGCUGUUUGUCAGUUUGGCGCGGAAUGACGAGCUGUCCGGCAGUGGGACGUCGUUCGUCAACAUGGCGGAAGCGCACUUCAUCGCCCGCCUGGUGGCCAAUAUUCUCCACGAGGGCACCGUCUUCUUCAUCCCGGGUCUGGAGAAACCCCGCCCGGAAGAGAUCGGCAUCAUUACUUUUUAUAACGGACAGCGUCCGCAGCUGGAAAUCGAACUCAAAUAUUAUCCGCAGGUCAACGAGCGGGUCAAGGAUAUUGAGAUCAGCAGUGUGGACGGGUUUCAAGGCCGCGAGAAGGACAUUAUCAUUUUAUCCUGCGUCCGCUCGGCCGACUCGUACCGCGGCCGGCGCACCCUGGGCUUCACGGAUGACCCGCAGCGUCUGAACGUGGCCAUGUCGCGCGCGCGCAAGGCGCUGAUCGUCGUGGGCAGUCUGCAUGUCUUCCAGUACUCCGACAUGUGGCGCCAGUAUUUCCGCUACAUUCCCGCGGUCCAGGCCGACACCAUGUGCCAUUUGCUGCCGCUGCCCUGCAGCACCAAACCGCCCUGCAAGAUCUGCCCGGAUGAUCACGGACUGCGCAUCCAGCAGGCCAUGGUCAAUAUGGGACAGUAGUGCCUUUUUUGUAUUUGGUAACGCUGGUCGUUCAUGCUGUAUGUUGUGCUUUCACUGGAAAUUAACUCCUGCUCAGACCGUUGUCGCGUUUCAUGAUUCUUGUGGGGAUUUUUUUGGGUAGAGGGCCUUUUUUUACUGUGUUUUACGUCUUUUUUUAUCGCGUUGCACCGCUUGAUA